GCCUUUUGGUGCACGGUCACAUUUAGGUCCACGUGCGUUUUGUUUGGCCUCCGCCGGCUCCGAUUUCAACCGAAAUUCCCCUAUAACUCCCAGGAUUCCACAUAAACCAAGAGAUCUGCGACUAGGGAACCAUGGUCUUCUUUACGUGCAACAUCUGCGGCGAGUCGGUGAAGAAGCCGGCGGUGGAGAAGCACUACCAGAUGCGCUGUCGCGGGAAUAACAAAAACGUGUCUUGCAUGGACUGCCUGAAGGACUUCUACGGCGAGGACUACGUGGCCCACACCAAGUGCAUCUCCGAGGCCCAGAAGUACGCCAGCCAAAGUGGCGGAUUCGCCGCCAAGGAGCCGCGCAACAAGAAUGCUCAAAAGCAGGAGAGCUGGAUGGACAUCAUCCGUGCGAUCCUCGACAGCAGCGAGUACAACCUAACCCCGCCUGUGAGAUCAGCCUUCCAGAAGCUGCAGAGCGUCGACAAUGUGCCGCGCAAGAGGGCCAAGUUCGAGAACUUCGUGGCCAACUGCAUCAGGAUUCCCCGCCAGCAGGCCACCCAGGUGUGGGACAUCCUCGAGAAGGAGAUGAACAAAAUGAAGGAGGCAAAGCAGGCGGAGCUGGCCAUGGAGAAGGCGGAAAAGGCGGCGGCACUGCAGCAAAAGCAGAAGGAGAAUGCCGAGGAUGAGGCGCCACCCAAGAAGAAGUCCAAGCUGGAGCCCACCGAGGAUGCGGCUGCCGGGGAGAACGCCAAUGGCAUCUCCAGCGACUUUGACUGGCCUGCCCAGCUGACCAAACUCGUCUCCAAGCAGGCUGAUGGCAUUUUUGUGGAAAAACUGCGCAAGAAGCUGCUCAAGAAGUACGCAAAGCAUCUGUCCGUCGAGGAUUUGACCGAAAAGCAGGCCAAGAAGUUCCAGAAACGCUUCGACAAGCAACUCAGGCUCGCCGACUCCCUGCAAGUAGAUGGCGAUUUGGUCAAGAUCGCUAGCUAGCCAAGCAUCCCGCCUUAGUCAUAGUUAAGUUAUAUCGAAGGACAAUAAACCUAUACUGCAUACAUUGCUUCA